AUGGAACGACCCGAAGUUGAGGAGACUCCGCGGAAGCGGCAGAAGAUUAAUUCUAUUUCGCAGACUGAUGGUACGGGAGAUGAACUACCACAGACCGAGGUGAUGGAAGAUGUCCAACCCUCUGCGGUUGAGUCUGCUGAAUUGCCUCAGACUGCUGUAAGGAAUGUCCAACCCUCUGUGGUUGAACUCUCUGUGGUUGAUGCUCAGCUUGCGAAGGAGCGCAAUGUCGGCAUCACGGAGUUUGUGACUUCUGAUAUUGGGUACUCCGGUGUCUUUAAGAAGAGAUAUUCCGACUUUAUGGUUAACGAGAUCAUGCCUUCUGGUGAAGUCGUUCACCUUCGGAAUCUGAAGGCCCCAGCUUCUUUGAAGGCGCCCGCGCACCAGACUCCAAAGGUGGAGGAUACUCCGGCUCCGACUGAAGCUCCUGGUAGCUCCACCACUAGCGAUCAAGCCGCGGCUGAAUUCAGUGUAUCGGCCGAGGAUAAUGUCUUGUUGGUGGAAUACUUUGGUGCUGAUAAAGCCUUGGAGAUAAUUGCCCUUCACAAGCGUGCGAUGUCGAGCAAGGCCAGACCCAAUGAGUUCGGUAGCGUGGCAAUUGUGACCACUGACAGAGAGCUCCGUACCAAGAUUCACCAAGCUAUUCGUCGCAUCUUCAAGUCACAGCUGGAUUCCACCACAGAUGAAAAUGGAAACCUGUCGAUCAAGGCAUCCACCUCACGCUUCAAAUCUAGUGGCCAAGGUGAUGGCCGCGAUAGAUACCAGCAGCGAACUGGUGGCCGGAUGAGCUGGGAGGAACUGGGUGGUGGCCACCUGCAUUUCACCAUCUACAAAGAAAACAAGGACACAAUGGAGGUUAUCGGGUUCAUGAGUGGCUUGAUGAAGACAAAUGCCAAAAAUUUCCAGUUUGCAGGCACCAAGGACCGACGCGGUGUCACUUCCCAACGCGCCAGCGUGUGGCAUGUCCAUGCCAGCCGGCUUGCGGAGAUUAACAAGAGCCUUCGUAAUGCAGCAAUUGGUGACUAUAAGUACCACCAACAUGGCCUCGAUCUAGGAGAUCUUUCAGGCAACGAAUUUGUAAUCACUCUGCGCGACUGCCAGAUCCCCGGAGUCGACCUCCAAGACCCGGAAGCUGCCCUUGCCAAAGCCACUGAGGUGGUUGGAUCGUCUUUGAAGAAUUUGUAUGAUCGUGGCUACUUGAACUAUUACGGCCUACAACGUUUUGGAUCUUUCUCAACUCGCACUGAUACCAUUGGACUGCAGAUGCUGCAAGGUGAUUUCAAGGGAGCAUGUGAAUCCAUCCUCCACUACAGUCCCCAUGUCCUGGAAGCGGCCCGAACUGGUGAUGAGUCUGUUAUGAUCGGCAGUCGCGAUAAGGAUCGCGCCAUGGCAAUUCACCUCUUCCAGGCCCGUCACCAAUCCAGAAAUGCUCUGGAUAAGCUUCCGCGGAAAUUUUCUGCCGAGGCCGCCUUGAUCCGCCAUCUCUCUCGGGCUCCCACUGAUUAUCUCGGAGCCCUGCAGGCUGUGCCUCGUAACCUGCGUCUCAUGUAUGUACAUGCGUACCAGUCACUCGUGUUCAACUUUGCUGUUAGCGAGCGCUUGCGACUCUACGGCGACAAAGUCGUCGAGGGUGAUCUGGUCAUUGUCCAGGAGCACCGGGACAAGGAAGAAUCCGUACCUGCUGCGCCCACCGAGACUGUCGAUGCCGACGGUGAGAUUAUUAUUGUUCCACAGGGUGCUGACAGUGCCAAUGCUGCUCAGGACCAGUUCAAGCGUGCACGUGCUUUGACUGCCGAGGAGGCUGCGAGCGGCAAUUAUUCUAUCUUCGAUAUCGUGCUCCCCCAGCCCGGUUUCGAUGUCAUUUACCCCGCUAACAAGAUGACCGACUUCUACCGCACCUUCAUGGCCAGUGAAAAAGGUGGUGGCCUGGACCCGUUCGACAUGAAGCGAAAGUACAAAGACGUCAAUCUCAGUGGUGACUAUCGCAAGGUCUUCAGUCGCAUGGUGGGCUCCAAGUAUUCCUUUGACGUGAAGCUGUACUCUUCAGACCAUGACCAGUUCGUCCAGACAGAUAUGGAUAUCAUGAAGGAAGAAAUCAAGGAAACAUCCACUGAGACUGGGCCUCAGACUGGCGACAAACUCGCCAUCGUGUUGAAGUUCCAAUUGGGAUCCAGCCAGUAUGCGACCAUGGCCCUUCGAGAGCUAACCAAGGGCAAGGCCACUGAGCACAAGCAGGAUAUGAGCGGAGGCAGAUAA